AUAGCUCAUUCCUCAUACAUAUUCUCGUCAAACAUAUCGAAUAUCCAUCAUGAAGACCUCUGCCGUCCUGACGCCUCUCGCCCUCGUUGCUGUUGGCCUGCAACCAGUCAGCGCCGACAUUGGCCGUGGCGCUGGUCUUGUCAUCGACUUGUUUGGCCAGGGUAUUGCAGAGCUCUUUGUAGAGAUCUUCUCGAAGAGAGACGCUGCCAACGUUAUUGUUCGUCGUCAGGUUCCCGGUGUUCCGGAGUUUGAGUACCAGCGCUGCCGCGAAGACAUUGCGGGCCUUACCAUCACUGCCACUUCUCCUGCCCCGAAUUCUGUUCAGUUCACUGGUGUGCCUCCUACCUGUAUGAACCUGGCUGGUGUGCUUGUCGGUGACGAACCCGGCCCGUAUGCCCUUCCUUGCGGCUCCGACUGCCUCAUCUACGAGGACCUCACACCUGAACAGUUCGAUGAGCUUGUCAGCGUUCUUCAGAGUGUGUAAGCAGAAAACACAUACCACCUGCCAGAUCCCGGCAUGCCAUAGGUAAUCGCACGACAUGGUAAUGCGGCAAUGGUAGAUAUGAAGUUUUCGGUCAAAGCCGUAAUGUUCCUCAUCAUAGGAUUUCCUCAUGUUGCAAAUUUCAACAAUUUGACGACUUCUACACACAAUAAAACGUUCUGGCCAA